GUGCUUUGUUGGGACUAAAUGCCAGCCCAACAGAAUGUGACUGUAUGCCAGGGGAGCCUGGCUUUGCUGGUUUUGCCGGUCCAAAAGGUAGCCGUGGUGAACAAGGCCAGCUGGGUUUUCCUGGCGAACAAGGCAGAGAGGGGUACAAGGGCUCCAAAGGUGCACCAGGAAGAGGAGGGGAUCCUGGCCCUGUGGGUGAUUCUGGUCCUAAGGGUUCUGAUGGUCCUUCAGGAUUUUCUGGAGUCAUGGGUAUUCCAGGACCCCCGGGUGACCCAGGUGAGAUGGGUGGUUCUGGCUCAAAGGGUGACAUUGGACUGACGGGGCCUAUGGGUGAAGUAGGACCGAAAGGCGCGACCGGGGAAGUCGGUCAACCAGGAGAGACAGGACAUGGGGGAACCAAAGGAGAAAAGGGGUUUAUAGGAAAGACUGGUGAGGAGGGAUCUGCUGGGCCCAUGGGAGAAAAGGGUCAAAUUGGUGCACCUGGAUUUUCAGGAGACACUGGGGAGCAGGGUUAUAUGGGUUAUCCUGGAAUUAUGGGAGAGAGAGGAGAUCCAGGCAUAAAGGGAGGCUCUGGCUUGGGAGGAAUUCCUGGCAGUGAUGGCGAGCCAGGGGACGAUGGUCCUAUAGGAGUUCCUGGAGUAGAAGGUGAACCAGGAUCAUUCGGACAAAAGGGUGAAAGAGGGGAUCCAGGACCAAGAGGCCCACAAGGAAGGCAGGGUGCCCAGGGAGCGAGAGGAAACACAGGUGAUCCAGGUAAACCUGGGAAGCCUGGGCCUCAAGGAUUAAAGGGUCCUCCUGGCUCUCAAGGGGAGACAGGCCCGGAUGGUGAAAAGGGUCAACAAGGAAGCACAGGUAUCAAAGGAGUUGAAGGGGACAAGGGUAGCACAGGUUUCCAAGGAGACAAAGGGCAGCGUGGUGAGCGUGGCUCUUCAGGUCCAGACGGCCCAUUAGGAAGAAAUGGCCCCCCUGGUAUCCCUGGUACGAGGGGUGAAUCUGGUCCCUCAGGAGACUCUGGAGACGUGGGAGCUGCAGGAGCCAAAGGAGUCCAAGGGCCACCGGGCCCAGCUCUGUCUGAUGCACAGAUCUAUGAAUUGUGCCGUGGCGUGGUAACAGCACAGAUAUCACAACAUGCAGCUUCCAUCCGAUCCAAGUGCGCCAGUGGCUGCCCAAUCAACAACAGGGUUCUCAUCGGACCUCCAGGAAGUCGAGGAUUGCCUGGACCACCAGGAAAAGCAGGCAAAGGUGGUCUUGCUGGGAAAAAAGGAACUCAAGGGAAAAGGGGACCGAUUGGAGUGGAGGGAAUGAACGGAGCUCCUGGAGAACAAGGCAGUAAAGGUGAGAAAGGUGAAACAGGAGACAGAGGAACAGGACUUCCAGGACAUGAUGGACACCAGGGUCCCAGAGGACUUCCCGGCUUUGCAGGCGUUCCCAAAAAUGGUAUUCCAGGGUUGGAAGGCCCUCGUGGUCAUUCUGGUCCUACAGGCCGACCAGGAUUGCCUGGAUCUGCUGGCGUUCCUGGACAUUGUGAAGCUCGAGACUGUAGUAUCCACGCUCCUGCACUUCGCUCAGAACACGAGCUUGUGAAAGGACCAGUAAUUUAAGAAAAAAACAGCACACAAGAAAACUGAAUUUAUCGACAAUGACAUUGUGUGAGUUUCUCCACAUACAUCUGAGGUUGUUUAAAGUACAAUCUUUACAUUUACUUUAACUGGAGUCAAAACUAAAGCUCUCAUAGAAGCAGCUUUUUAAAGCAUCAUUUUCUGAAUUUGUUUAAAAUGAUGUGACUAUCUAGAACCACAAAGAUUGUGAGACUGCAUUAUUACCAUAGAAAACCAGAAGAACCAGCCCACCUCCCCAACCUGAUUUGAUCAAAAAAAUUUAAAUGUUCAGGCUUUGCUAACUCAUUCCGAAUGGUUCCAGACUACUUUGAUUAAUUUUUUUAUUUUUUAUUUCUGUGGAUUAGAUUAAAAUAAAAAAGAGAAAUGUAAAUAAUUCUGUACAGAAUCUUAA